AUGACCGCCCUUCACACCACCACCACCACCACCAAACCGGAAAUGCCAUUCCACCAUAAACAUUCCCCACGCGCCACCGCCACCGCCACCACCCGCUUCUUCUCACCAAAACUCUCCGUCUACCUCUGCUCCAUCUGCGUCACCCUUUUCAUCCUCUUUCACAUCAAAAUCCUCCAAACCCCAUUACCAUCUUCCCCCAGUUCUCUAUCCUUCCUCCAUAACUGGCAAGAAAAAUUCACCACCGCCGACGACGCUGACUCCGGUGGUUCAUUAUGCGCUCAGGAUCUCAAAUCCAUGUCCGAUAAGCUCCGAGAAUCCGUCACCUUCCUCCCGUUGAAAGACCUCCGGUACGCCAACGCCGCCCUCGUGGGUCAUACAUGGUUCAUGAGCUCGCUUUACGACACACAUGAAGAAGGUGAAGUCCAAUACCAACAAUUCCCUUCCGAAUCAUCCAACGGCCGGAUUCUCUGCAUUAAAGGUCACGACAAACACGACGGUUCAUGGAACUACUAUGCACUAGCAUACCCCGAAUCCCUCCCCAAAAACGCCACCCUCGUCGGCGGCCGGACGUUUGUAUCGUACAACCACUACGAUUACGGCAACAUCUGGCACGGAUUAUCCGCCAUGGUUCCAUUCAUUGCGUGGCAUAUAAAAAACGGGUGCGCACUGCCCACUCGGUGGAUUUUAUACCAUUGGGGUGAGGUACGGACUGGGAUGAGCCCAUGGUUGAGUACGUUAAUGGAGGCCACGUUCGGCGGGCCGAUGAAUAUCGAGAAAUUCGACGACGGCGGUGACGAUCAGGCGACGGUGUGUUACGAGGAGGCGGUGGUGAUGAGGCAUAAUGAAGGAGGGAUGUCGAGAGAGAAGAGAAUGGGGGUUUAUGAUCUGGUUCGAUGUAAGGCGAGGAUGAUGUGCAACGUUGAGUUGGAUCGGAGCGACGGCGGCGAGAUUGGGUUGACGUUGCUGAUGAGAACAGGGCCGAGAUCGUUUCGGAAUGAGACGGCGGUGGUGGAGAUCUUCGAGAGGGAGUGUAAGAAGGUUGAAAGCUGCCGUCUAAGGGUGGCGUAUUCUAGCAAUCUCACCAUUUGUGACCAGGUGAAAUUGAUGGGUGCAACGGACAUAUUGGUUUCACCCCAUGGUGCACAACUGACCAACCUUUUCCUAAUGGAUAGAAAUAGUAGUGUCAUGGAGUUCUUCCCCAAAGGUUGGCUCAAGUUGGCCGGUGUCGGCCAACUUGUCUACCAAUGGAUGGCUAGUUGGUCUGGGAUGAGACAUCAGGGAACUUGGCGGGACCCAAACGGCGAUAACUGCCCUUACCCUGACGACGACCGUCGUUGUAUGUCCAUCUAUAAGCAUGGCCAGAUCGGAUACAAUGAAACUUAUUUUGCAUACUGGACUUCGAAGGUUCUUAACGAGGUCAAAAUGAGAAAAUUCGAAGAAGCCUCGAAGGGAAACAUAAUUCCUACCAGGUGCGCUUGUAGCUAAAAUGUAGAAUUCUAGGUACAUGAAGUCUAAGUUAUUCGAGGAUUCAAGCGUUGCGGCAAAAAAAUGCAUAUCAGUAGAUACAUGGGUCAAUUGUACCAAUUUUAAUUUCGUUGUACGUUUUUUUC